UCAAGUUGUGUCUUCCAUCUUCACCGAUAUCUGUACCGUGGAUCCCGAUCCCGGCUUGCUUUUCUACUAAACCAGAAUCGAUAAGUGCUUCGAAAAUAACUCUUCUAGAGUCGUUUGGGUUUCGAUUAUACCUGAGAAGAAUCAACUUCACUUGUCGUCUUCUACUUUUUACUCUAGCCUCUAGGUUUAGCUCUUGAGAUAUUCAGUAGCCAGCCCGAACAUAAGUCUGAUAAAGAAAUGUUCUUGAACAAAGAAAUUGCAGACUAACUAUCGUCGACUAAAUUUCUUGACAAUAGAUACUUAAGUACAUGGAUCUUGUUCCUCCUCUGCCUCAUCUUACACUUAAACUUCCUCCACUGUAGUUUCAAAAUGCAGUUUCAGACUCCCGCCACUCCUGCGUCAAGCAGCACUUCGACGUCUGCCGCUACAUCAGGAGCAAGUGCGCUGCGACAGGCAAUUUUGGCAGGGGGUCAUAUGCGCAAGCAUCCUGUCGGGAAUUGCAUGCGGACUGCUCCUGUUGACUAUGUUGUUGCGAACCUGAAUGGCCUAGAUUUCAAGAUUGGAAACAACGAUGUCGGGAUCUGGCUUCUCUCACUGAAGGAACUUCGUGCUAAUCUCGCAAGCCACCGUAAAAAAUUAGAGCGUCUCGGAGUUGUCAUGUCCUCCUCCAGAAGAUCCGGUGCAGGAACAUCAUCUUCAGCGUCAUCGUUGGAUGUUGCUUCUAAAAAGGUGGGAACAGUAACGCGCCUCCCGCCAGCUGGUGCAGCAACUGCAGCGGCGACACCAUCAGCUCCGGUGAAGCGUUUAAUGGUACUGCUGCUGUUCGACGAUCCCUUGUGCGUGGGUCGGUCACUCGAAGCCUUAUUACAGGAUUUCACGAUGGAGGUUAUCUUUUCGGACUUCAGUCUCUACUGUGCGCGAUCACCGCUUGAGGCGGCAUUGGCGAUUGAAGAUCUUUUCUCGGUGCACAGAAAGCCACGCAGCUUCCUACGAGGAUACCGACAAGCAGCAGCUGGAAAUGGAAGGGCUGCUAUCUUAGGUAAGAGUGGGAAGCAAACUGAGACGGAGACCAACAGAGAGAAAUCCAACUCCAGAAACCGUAUCCAGGGAAAUGAGCCGAAUUUUGCUCAUGGGAAUCAACAUGUGACACCGUCUGCAUCUUCAGCUGCUGUGUCAACUUCGAUGAGUGGCGGAGGUGGUACUAUGCCGACACAAUCGAUUGGAACCACUAGUACCGGUAAUGCUGCUGCAAGAAUACCAGUUAUACAACAUCACCAAGACUCAGGAUCAUCAAGUACGACCAUACUUUCUCCUGGGUCUGCUGGUCCUACGGCACCUGUACCAGGCGCUGACGACGACCAGGAGGAAAAUGAAGAAGCAUUUUUUUGCCGAGAAACUGCAUUGGGUAUUUUGAUGCAGUGCAGAGAUGUGUCCCGUAUGGAUGCAGAAACGGUUCUGGAUCACUUCAAGAGUCUGGCAAACGUCGUUCAAGCCCCACAGGCCGAUUUGUUGCGAGUUCCAAAUUGGACAGAUAGAAAGGUUCGGAAUUUCUACGAACUUUUUCAUUCUCAGAUUUUCGCGUUUUAGCUGUUCAAAAUUAUGACGUUCUUCUAUAUCAGAUGAUUGGAGAGCGAGAGGACUUGCAUUUGCACGUCGAUCGACCUUCCAGUAGCGGGCUCAGGCUGUCUUGCCGAGUAGUACGAUAUGUUGAUGUUUCGAAAAUUAUAUUUGCAAUUAGC